AUGGCCUUCCUCCUCUACAUCGAUGACAUGAUCCUGACUCUAUCAACAUCUUCUCUUCUUCAAUGGGUCAUUGGCCAGCUAAAAGCUGAAAUUGCGAUGAAGGACCUGGGCCCUCUGCACUAUUUUCUUAGGAUUCAAGUGACUCGCUCCUCUGGUGGCUUAUUCUUGUCCCAAGCAAAUUAUGCCCUUGAUUUACUGGAACAUGUUCUCAUGAAGGGCCUACCUACUUUGGUGUUUCAGGAGUUCAAGUCUAGUAUCGGCGUUCACCAAGAACACGCUGAUACUGCGGUGGGGGUGUUAGAAUACCUAUUUAGAGUCAUGCUAACAGCAGCUACAGACUCGAUAUGCUCCAACGGCUUCAGCUACCAGUCCAUGCCUCUCGCCUACGUCUCGUUCAACAACCGCAUGUCUCCAAAAAUCUCUGUUUUGACUAGCAUAGGAAUUGGUCAUAGUUAG